AUGUCUAGCGUUAAGGAACAAUACGACGAGAAAGCACAGCAAGACGUUAUUCGUGAUGACGCCGUAGACAAGAUCGAGUUUGAGGACCAGCACUAUGAAGAGACCGGCCUUCACGAAAGCGAUGCAGCUUUAGCAAAUGCUCCAUGGAAAUAUAAAAUGAUCGCACUGGCUACAGCGCUCAUGUUGCCUGUUGGUUCACACUUUUCUGGAGCUGCUCUUGGUGCAAUGAAGGCCUCGUUAAAAGAGAACCUGAUGAUUAGCAACACUCGUUAUGGUGUGCUAUCUUCCUCUGUAUCCAUUAUAAACACGGUCUUCCCGGUCCUUGGCGGUUUCUUUAUUGAUACAUUUGGUACUGUUUGGGGUACCCUUGUCAUCAAUUUUAUGAUUUUGCUCGGUAGUUUGCUGACUGCCAUAGCCGCUCAUGUUGGUCAGUUUCCAUUAAUGGUCGUGGGUCAAGUGGUCUUUGGCAUUGGCAGUGGCCUUAUUGUGACCAUGCAAGAAUCACUGCUAUCAAAGUGGUUCCGUACGAAGUAUCUCGCCCUUGCUAUUGGCAUGCAGCUUUCCAUCAGUCGUCUUUCUACUUUUUUAGGUACGCUUGUCUCGAACCCUAUUUCCGAACGAAUGGAUGAUUGGGUCUGGGCAUUCUGGUUGGCGUUGAUCCUCUGUGGCUUUUCCAUCAUUAUGAACUUGAUUUAUGCCUAUGUCUUGCACCAUCUACAAGGUGCUGUCGUGACAAAGACUGAAAUCCUCCGUAUCAAGGCCAAGAAGACCGUACAUGUUCGCUCGCUUUUGAAAUUUCCUCCUUAUUUUUGGCAUAUUAUUCUUAUCGAAUUCAUUUUUGCUGCGGUUUGGACCGUGCACCAAUCCGUUGCUACAGAGCUCGUUCAAAUCCAUUUUGGUACCACACAAAAGCUUGCUGCAUACAAGGCCAGUGUAUCCCAAGUUGUGCCUAUUGUCGUAACGCCAAUACUGGGUGUUUUCAUUGAUCUCGUAGGUCAACGUGUUAAAAUAUGCAAAACACACAUUACAGUGCUAUUAUCUGCUGCCUUCUUUGUUAUUAGUUGUGGGUUACUAGGCUGGACCUACGUCGAACCUAUUGCUGGUAUGAUCUUGUACAGCUUCUCGCUUGCUUUUGGUCCUAUCACUAUGAUCACGUCUAUCGGUAUGAUCCUGCCAUCAGACUAUAUUGGCACUGGUUUGGGCCUUUUCAAAAGCUCCAACAACAUCGGUAGUUCGAUUUUGGACAUCAUUGUCGGUAUAGUCCAGGAUAACACAGAAGGAGAAAAGUACACAGGUGUCAUGACCGUGUUCGUCAUUUUGGGCUGUGUCGGCUUCAUGAUUAUUUGCGGUCUGUACUUCACUCAGCGAAUUUACUUGAAGAAUCUCCUUGAACUUGGUCGCUCGAAGCGCGAAGAACGCAUGACAGAAAUCAACGACAAAGAACUUUUUCUUACCAAACAAGGCUUGGAUUCGCUUAAUAAUAAAACGACCACCAACUUCAAUUAUUUUGCUAUCGGGAUCUAUGUUUUCUUUGGCAUCUGUGCUUGGGUCCUCUUUUUCGUUUUUGCAGUCACUGGAAAGGCAAGUGCAAGAGAGAUGAGUUAUUUAGGAUUGUUACAUGGUCAAGACUAA